UAAAUCUACUGGCUCGACCGAUAUUUUCUACAUCAAAUUUAAGAUUUGUCAGAUGUUUUUAGUUAUAAAUUAUUAAAAAAGCCAAUUAUGGAAGACAAGGAAGCACGCCUGAAGAGAUUUCCUGCCUCUUGGUCAAGAAAAUAAAGAAUUUAGCUAGACCUGAAUUUAGAACUAACCCAGAAAAGUUUUACCCAACUGAAACUCUGAACAAAUUAGGAUUCUCCAGAAAUGAGUAUCCGAAGUAUAAUAAAUUUAACUGGAAAGCCUCUGAAGAAAGAGAUACUUGUGGAGACUCAAACUGUGUAGGAAAGUACACUUUCAUCAACAAUGAAUUCUUGGAAGAAGGAAAGGAGAUGACUUAUGCAGAAGCCUGGAAGAGUAAGUAUUAUAGGCCUUAAAAGAAGCUUAACCAGUGUCAAAGCACAGUGCAAAUAAAUUCCCAGAUAUCCUAUUGUCGCUCGUUGACGAAAUAAAUUGAUGUAACAGCUGCUGGAAUCUACUGCUUCCAGCCAUAUUGAGUUACUGGAGAGUUAGACCCACCAGCUAACCCUCUGAUCCAGCCUCAAUUCUAUGCUUGAUUUAAUAAUUUGGAUAAUAUUGGUUUAACAGGAUGACAUUACUCUGGAUUCACGAUGUUUGGUAUUCAAGUGUAUAAUUAUCCCAAUAAUUACAAAUUCUUCAAGGAUAAAUACAUUGAGUUUAACUACAAUUGGCUUACUGAAGAGCUAAAGAUUCCAAAAGAAGAAAUGAUAUUUUUUGAAAACAUCUGGGCUGGAGUGGCAAUCUUGGACCAUCUAUUGAAUACUUCGUCAGAGGACUUGAGGUUGGAAAUAUGAUCUUCAUGCAGUACAAGACCUACCCCGAUGGAAGUAGAGAAAAACUCGAGAUCAAAGUCAUAGAUACUGGAAUUGGUCUUGAAAGAAUCCCAUGGCUCAUGAAUGUUAAUGCAAUAUCAUACAUGAUUGUGUUCAAAAAUGCAUUUGAAUGGCUUUCAGAAAGGCUCCAAGUCGUACCAGAUAUGGAUAUUUGGUAAAAAUUCGGUCCAUACUCCUCACAACUUGAAGUUGGUGAAGCUGAAG